AUGGGCCCCUUUCUGUUUUUUAUUGCGUACGAUGUCAUUCUCUACAUAUGGCGAGCAGCAACAUACGAAAUACCUGUCAUCGGGGGACGUGCCAGGGGAAGGCGGAGGCCAGUUGUUCCAAGUUUUUCCGAAACUGCAAGUGGACGAAGAAGGGCAUUUAGUAUGACUGGGGUAGAAUUCUACAGCUCUAGAAGUGAAGCGCCUUUGACAAGGGCCGGGCAAAACGAGAAUGUUGCUCCGCAUAAAGCAGCGCCCGAUGCAGCCCUUUCUCAAAGGAAACCUUUCACGUUACCUUUUGAUACCAGAAAGGAUUGA